UGUUGGCUGCCACCAUUGACAGACUCUUCAGGUAGGGAGACACUGUGGAGUAGAGGGAGGAGAAGUCAUUCAGGUAGGGAGACACUGUGGAGGAGAGGGAGGAGAAGUCAUUCAGGUAGGGAGACACUGUGGAGGAGAGGGAGGAGAAGUCAUUCAGGUAGGGAGACACUGUGGAGGAGAGGGAGGAGAAGUCAUUCAGGUAGGGAGACACUGUGGAGGAGAGGGAGGAGAAGUCAUUCAGGUAGGGAGACACUGUGGAGGAGAGGGAGGAGAAGUCAUGCAGGUAGGGAGACACUGUGGAGGAGAGGGAGGAGAAGUCAUUCAGGUAGGGAGACACUGUGGAGGAGAGGGAGGAGAAGUCAUUCAGGUAGGGAGACACUGUGGAGGAGACGGAGGAGGAGUCAUUCAGGUAGGGAGACACUGUGGAGGAGACGGAGGAGGAGUCAUUCAGGUAGGGAGACACUGUGGAGGAGACGGAGGAGGAGUCAUUCAGGUAGGGAGACACUGUGGAGGAGACGGAGGAGGAGUCAUUCAGGUAGGGAGACACUGUGGAGGAGACGGAGGAGGAGUCAUUCAGGUAGGGAGACACUGUGGAGGAGAGGGAGGAGGAGUCAUUCAGGUAGGGAGACACUGUGGAGGAGAGGGAGGAGGAGUCAUUCAGGUAGGGAGACACUGUGGAGGAGACGGAGGAGGAGUCAUUCAGGUAGGGAGACACUGUGGAGGAGACGGAGGAGGAGUCAUUCAGGUAGGGAGACACUGUGGAGGAGACGGAGGAGGAGUCAUUCAGGUAGGGAGACACUGUGGGGGAGACGGAGGAGGAGUCAUUCAGGUAGGGAGACACUGUGGAGGAGACGGAGGAGGAGUCAUUCAGGUAGGGAGACACUGUGGAGGAGACGGAGGAGGAGUCAUUCAGGUAGGGAGACACUGUGGAGGAGACGGAGGAGGAGUCAUUCAGGUAGGGAGACACUGUGGAGGAGACGGAGGAGGAGUCAUUCAGGUAGGGAGACACUGUGGAGGAGACGGAGGAGGAGUCAUUCAGGUAGGGAGACACUGUGGAGGAGACGGAGGAGGAGUCAUUCAGGUAGGGAGACACUGUGGGGGAGAGGGAGGAGGAUUCAUUUGUAGAGAUACUGUACAUUGUGACCACAGAUUGAGCCUAAUCCUUGCUAGACUAAAAAGCACGUAACAUCUCAAUAUGCAUGUACAGCAUCUAAGGCUGAGGUUACAAAAAGGAGUGUAGAUGUUUCCUGUGGACCGGAUUGUCUGAUGACGUGUUGCUGUGCCGACUGUAUGUUUUAAAUGUUGUAACGCUGUAAUGUAACGCUGUAAUGUAAUGC